GGGUACCAUACACCUAAGAAAAGAUAACUUCUACUGAAAUUCUAAGUUAACUAACGUCAAUUAAGUGUUUUAAAAUACGCCUCAUAUUACAAGCGUUUUAUUGACAUGGAAUAGUUGUUUACCUGUUGUUAUGAAGCAGACGAUACAUCACUGUCAUAAUGGAACAGCGUAAACGUAAUACGUUUGGUAAAUUUACGAGAUCUAAAUCUGCCGAUAAGAAAUCGAGUCGUUCAGAUUACUUUAAAUGGUUAAAUGAUGGCAGGAAAUUGGAAGAUUCUCCGCAAGUCGGCUUGCGUAAUGAUCAUGGCAAUUACGUUUGCGAGUAUCUUGAUGUUGGGGCCGAGGCUGAAUUGGAAGGGGAUAACACGUCUGAUGUACCAAAAUCUUGGGCAAUUGGGAGAAGAAUUGUAGAGUGGAAUAUUCUGGCGGAAGGGAUGUAUUGCUGUACUUGCAAGUGUCCACUUCACCUGUCAGAUAUUGUUGGAGAACGAUUGUUUGGGCUAGGUGGUCUACUGAUGGUAGAUUGUAAACUGUGUCAUACUGUUACUGAUGUGCAUUUUGGGAAGAGAGGACCAUCUGGAAGUUAUGACAUCAACACAAAAGCUUCCAUGGGAAUGAUACAUGCAGGGAUGGGCCCAACUCAUCUGCAGAACUUUCUGGCGGAAUGUAACCUGCCAUCCAUUACAGAGAGCACAUUAAGGAAAAAAGAGAAAGAAUUAAGUGGACAAAUUAGAAAUGUAACAAUAUGGCACAAAGAGAGGAAAAGUCACUCAGCACAAAUGGCAAUGUGUGCAGACACUGCAAAUAUUGAAGCAAGUUUUGAUGGUGGCUGGCAAAAGAGAGGAUCUGGUUGGAAUUAUAAUAGUAAUACAGGCCAUGCAACUUUUAUUGGAAAGGAGACAGGAAAGGUGCUGUCAUUUGAUUUAAGAAGCAAGACAUGUAAGAUUUGUGAGUUCCAUCAAAACAAAAAAGAGACAGUUCCGGAGCAUGAGUGCCAUCUGAAUUGGCAUGGGUCUAGUAAAUCCAUGGAGGCAGACAUGGCGGUGUCAAUGGCCCACACAUUAAAAGAUCGUGUGAAUGUGAAAUUAAUGUCAUACAUGCUGAUAAUGAUGCAUCAACAACAGCAAGACUUGAAGUGGAGUUUGGAAAUAUCCAAAAAAAAGAUGACCAAAACCAUGUGA